GCCGGGCCCCUCCGCCCCCUUCGCCGUGACGAAUCGGCGCCCGGCCUGGAGAGGGCCCACGUUCGGGGGGGGUUUGAAGAUCGUAUGGGGCCUGAAAAAAAUCCCUGACCGGACGAAGCAUCAUCGCGUCCUCACCUGGAGGUUUAUUUUUUAAAAAGAGCCCGGUGAGGCCUGGCAAGCAAUUAAGAAGAGUGUGGAAAGUGCGAGUGCGGACGCUCCGGACGCGAGGGGCGGGGCGUGCGCGGGACAAAGGGAAACGAGGCCGGAGCUGCGGGCGCUUUUUCUGCCCGCGGUGUCUCAGAUUCAUUCUUAAGGAACUGAGAACUUAAUCUUCCAAAAUGUCAAAAAGACCAUCUUAUGCCCCACCUCCCACCCCAGCUCCUGCAACACAAAUGCCCAGCACACCAGGGUUUGUGGGAUACAAUCCAUACAGUCAUCUCGCCUACAACAACUACAGGCUGGGAGGGAACCCGGGCACCAACAGCCGGGUCACGGCAUCCUCUGGUAUUACGAUUCCAAAACCCCCAAAGCCACCAGAUAAGCCGCUGAUGCCCUACAUGAGGUACAGCAGAAAGGUCUGGGACCAAGUAAAAGCUUCCAACCCUGACCUAAAGUUGUGGGAGAUUGGCAAGAUUAUUGGUGGCAUGUGGCGAGAUCUCACUGAUGAAGAAAAACAAGAAUAUUUAAACGAAUACGAAGCAGAAAAGAUAGAGUACAAUGAAUCUAUGAAGGCCUAUCAUAAUUCCCCCGCAUACCUUGCUUACAUAAAUGCAAAAAGUCGUGCAGAAGCUGCUUUAGAGGAAGAAAGUCGACAGAGACAGUCUCGCAUGGAGAAAGGAGAACCGUACAUGAGCAUUCAGCCUGCUGAAGAUCCAGACGUGCAGAAGAUAGCAAAAACUAUUGUUUAUGAGAAUCUUUAUACUCAGAAUGCAGGAAAGUUGUGCGGUUUGAAAGUCGAAGUGGACAUGGAAAAAAUUGCCGCCGAAAUUGCACAGGCGGAGGAACAGGCUCGAAAACGGCAGGAGGAAAGAGAGAAAGAAGCAGCAGAGCAAGCUGAACGCAGUCAGAGCAGCAUGGUUCCUGAGGAAGAGCAAGCUGCUAGUAAGAGCGAGGAGAAGAAGGACGACGAGAGCAUCCCGAUGGAGACAGAGGAGACACACCUUGAAGAAGCAACGGAAAGCCAACAGAAUGGUGAAGAAGGCACAUCUACUCCUGAGGACAAGGAGAGCGGGCAGGAGGGGGUGGACAGUAUGGCUGAGGAGGGGACCAGUGACAGUAACACUGGCUCAGAGAGCAACAGUGCCACAGUGGAGGAGCCGCCCGCAGACCCCGCGCCGGAAGACGAGAAGAAAGAAUAAAUGUUGCCUUGUUUUAUGUGUUCUAAAUACUUUUUUAAAUGGAAAAAAAAAGAUGUUUUUUGAGUUUUAAUGGUGUUAUGUGGUUUGUGUAUUAAUAUUUUUCUUGUCCAUAUCGCACCACCAAAGGCUUUUGGACCAUUUAGCAUCACAAGCCAAAUGGCACCUUCCCCUUUCUUAAGCCUUUGUGAAGAUGGUUCUUUUCUUUGGGUCUUAUUUCUAGCCCUCAACUCCUGAAAGUCUCAGAAUUUAAAUUAACCGAGAAAACGCCCACCUCUUUUAGAGAGUUAGCCUUUGAUGCUGCACAAUCGACUCUUCCAGAUGCCUUCCUACAGCUCACUGGGAUGCUUACCAAAGCCAUAGCUUUAAACCUCCCAGUCCCCAUCAACAGCUUCCCGAAAGUCCCCUUUCCUGUAUACUUCCACAAAGAGUAGUUUCUUGAAAACGUAAUCAUGUAUGAGUAUAUAUUUGUUCAUUUACCCUUUUUUAUUUUUAAUCAGUGUCGGAUACCAAGAGUUGUGUUAAGGAUUGACUACAACUAAGCUUGGAUCGUAUUGAUCCAGAAAUAGUCUCCAUUGUUCGAGUAGUUACCAGCUUAUGAAGUAGUCAUUAAAAUGAACAUGGCACAUACACAUUAUGUAUACUCCUUUUUGUUAUAAUUCAUACUGGGUGUGUUCUGAUAAAUUCAUCCUUACUGUACAGAAAAAGAAAAUUACUUUUUUACCAAGUUUUCCAAAGACAGAAUAGGUCACAAAGCUUAAGGAAUUGAAUAUUCUUGCAGUGGACUAGACAACUUCAAAAUGAUGAGCCCAUUCCAGGAGGAAAACAGCUGGGAAUUCAGUUCGUCCAUGUGAAAUUGUUCUACAAUAAUCAAAACUCAAAACCUCAAGGCUCAGGAUCCCAUAGAUCAGAGCCUACCUUUUUGAUAAACUCUUAGUAAAGUCCUGGAGACUAGAAGCAAGAUAGUUUGUGACACAUAUGCUUCCCAAAAACUAGAAUAGAUUUUUAUUGAAUAGCGGGAUAUCUGAUGGUAUAUGUUUCUUAAAGGUCCAAAUGUAAUAAAUAAGUGGAAAAAAUG